AUGUCCAAGCAACCCGUCACCGUCCCCUGCCAGUACAAGACUGGCAAGACCCUUGGCAGCGGCACUUACGCCGUCGUCAAGGAAUGCGUCCACAUCAAGACUGGCCAGUACUAUGCGUGCAAGGUCCUCAACAAGAAGUUCCUUACCGGCCGCGAGCACAUGGUCCGCAAUGAAAUCAACAUUCUCAAGAAGGUCUCGGCUGGGCACCGCAACAUUGUUCAGCUCCAUGAUUUCUUCGAGACGAGCCACAACCUCUACCUCGUCUUCGACCUGUGCACUGGUGGCGAGCUCUUUGACCGCAUCUGCGCCCGUGGAUCGUACUACGAGAAGGACGCGGCCAACAUUGUCCGCACCAUUGUCGACGCCGUUCAAUACCUCCACGACCAGGGCAUUGUGCACCGUGACUUGAAACCCGAGAACAUUCUCUUCAAGUCCAAGGCUGAGGAUGCCGACCUCAUGCUUGCUGACUUUGGCCUGUCAAAGGUGCUCGACGAGGAGAACUUCUCGAUCCUUACCACAACCUGUGGCACCCCCGGUUACAUGGCCCCUGAGAUCUUCAAGAAGUCGGGCCACGGCAAGCCUGUGGACAUUUGGGCCAUUGGUGUCAUCACCUACUUCCUUCUUUGUGGCUACACCCCCUUCGACCGCGACUCGCAGUACGAGGAGAUGCAGGCCAUCUGCAACGGCGACUACAAGUUCGCCCCCGCCGAGUUCUGGAAGGACGUGUCGGAGACGGCCAAGGACUUUGUGCGCGCAUGCCUCACCAUUGACCCCACCAACCGCCCGACCGCGGCUCAGCUCCUGCAGCACCCCUGGCUCCAGGCCGCCACUGCUACGACCGUCCAGGCGACCGAGAUUCCCGCGGGCGAGGUCAACCUGCUGCCGAACGUCAAGAAGGCCUUCGACGCGAAGAAGACUUUCCGUCGCGCUGUGCUUGGUAUGAUGGCCGUGCACAGGCUAAAGGACAGCAGCGAGCAGCACGCCGGUGUCGCUCGCACUCCCGACGAGAACGAAAAGCUCAAGGAGGAGGUCGCCAAGUUCAAGGCCGAGGCCGAGCGGGAGGAUGUCCAGGACGUUCUUGCAGGCAGUGCCCAGGCAAUCUAA